AUGGUCUUACAUCCAAGAGCUUCCAAUUUGGAUCCUAUGGCGUCUGUGGAAGAGCAGAAACCUCCUUAUCUUCCAACGGCAAAAUAUUCCGUGACAAAAGAGUUUACAAUUAGCAAGACGGGAUUUCAAAGAAUGGACGGAUAUGGAAGAUUAUUCACGCUGUACCCAAACUGUAGCAAGACAACAAGGCUUAUCUUUCAAUCAAACAAGAGUUGGCGGAAAUUCAGCAACCAGAAACGUAUCAAUCUCAAAGGAAAAAUGGAAAAAGCCACCAGCAACAUGGAUGAAAUACAACUACGAUGGAUCUUUUAUAAAUUCAGAUACAUGUUCGCAAGCUGGAUGGGUUAUACGAAAUGA